UCCAUAAUCAGACUUUUGGUACACCUGAAUGCAUUUAAACUUUUUGGAAUUUUGUUACCCUCAUAACUCCGCAACCGGAUGUUGCGCGCGCAAACGGAUUUCACAACUACGUAUACAAUUCUUUUGGCUACAAAAUACCAUAAAGCAAUGCAAAAAAGUAUUUGGGAGUGCGCGACAGCGAAGGUUCCCGUGGAUGUACACGAAUUUGGUGCUACAUAUGUACCGGGCCAAAUCCCUUAAUGCCGACAACAUGCUUUUCGAAGUAUUCCGAGACGACUUCAACCAAGACAAACUUAGCCUGAACUGGACGGUCUUGGACGAUGCACUGCCGGCUCCGCUUGCGCCUCCGGGCGAUCGUCAGAAUAUUCGCCUGCAAGGCGGUAUGCUUCACCUGGAACGGGGUCCGAUCUGGAAAGAGUCACAUAUUGACUACGCUUCGCGUAUCCUGAAAACACAGUUUAACUUUCAUUUUAAAUACGGCGACAUGACCAUUCGGACCAAAGUUCCUGCGAUGCAUUAUGCCGCUGCCAUCGUAUCACUGGCGUCCUGCGCAGAAACAGAAAGCUACACAUGCCGGUUACCAGCAGUUUCGAGUUUGGAGUGGACCAGGCAGAGCCUGGUUUGGUAUAUGGACGAACAGUGGAAACUGAAUCUUACGGUUACUGGUUUGGAGAAGUGGCCUAAAAUGUACAUUAGCAUGGGCGUUAUGCCGAGUUCUCAAGAUACGGCUGGCCAAAACAACGUAACCAACAAGUCAUUGCCUCAAGUAUUUCUGGUGGAUUAUGUCUCUGUAAGGCAGCGUAAAAGAAGCCAAGCACCAAUGACUGCCACUCAGCGCGCUGUACUGCUGCCAUCGGUCCUCGGAACUGUUGUUCCAACUAUCGUCGUUCUGGCUUUUUUGGCGGUUGGAUGUCGGAUAUAUCGCCGAAGCUGGCACAGCGUUCAUCAAGGUACCAUGCUACACUUGGACCGAAUACGGCGCUUCCAGCGGAAAAUGUCGAGCCUUUGCGAUGCAUGUGGCCUUGAUACCGAUGUCGUGGUUAAGGCCAUGGCUGCCGAUCCCAGCAUUCUCCUGCUGGAGGUGCCUUUAGCCAGCUUGCACAUCAGUACGUGA